CGGCUCGCGGGAGCUGCCAGUCUCGGGCUGCGGUGUCCGGCGCGCGGGCUGCCUGCUGGGCGGGCUGAGGGGCGAGCGGCGGCGCGCGGGCGAGCGAGAAGGAGCGAGAAGGAGCUGGCCAGGCACCGUGGCGACAGGUACGGGCGCCAUGGCCGCAGGGAUGAGGUUUUCAAAUUAUAAAAGACAAUGACUACUGAUGAAGGUGUGAAGAACAAUGGGGAAAAUCCAGCAACCAUGGUUGCUGAGCAGGGUGAGGAUAUUACCCCCAAACAAGACAGAGGAGUAUUAAAGAUUGUCAAAAGAGCGGGCAAUAGUGAGGAAAUGCCAAUGAUCGGAGACAGAGUUUAUGUCCAUUACAAAGGGAAAUUGUCAAAUGGAAAGAAAUUUGAUUCCAGUCAUGAUAGAAACGAACCAUUUGUUUUCAGUCUUGGCAAAGGGCAAGUUAUCAAGGCGUGGGACAUUGGGGUGGCCACCAUGAAGAAAGGAGAGAUCUGCCACUUAUUAUGCAGGCCAGAAUAUGCAUAUGGCUCAGCUGGCAGUCUCCCUAAAAUUCCCCCCAAUGCGACUCUCUUUUUUGAGGUUGAACUCCUUGAUUUCAAAGGAGAGGAUUUAUUUGAAGAUGCGGGUAUUAUCCGGAGAAUCAAACGGAAAGGAGAGGGAUAUUCAAACCCAAAUGAAGGAGCAACUGUAGAAAUCCACCUGGAAGGCUGCUGUGGUGGAAGGAUGUUUGACUGCAGAGAUGUGGUCUUUGUUGUGGGCGAAGGAGAAGAUCAUGACAUUCCCAUCGGAAUUGACAAAGCCCUGGAGAAAAUGCAGCGGGAAGAACAGUGUAUCUUGUACCUUGGACCACGAUAUGGUUUUGGAGAGGCAGGAAAGCCUAAAUUUGGCAUUGAACCUAAUGCUGAGCUUAUAUAUGAAGUUACACUUAAGAGCUUCGAAAAGGCCAAAGAAUCCUGGGAGAUGGAUACCAAAGAAAAAUUGGAGCAGGCUGCCAUUGUCAAAGAGAAGGGAACUGUGUACUUCAAGGGAGGCAAAUACCUGCAGGCAGUGAUCCAGUAUGGAAAGAUAGUGUCCUGGCUAGAGAUGGAAUAUGGCUUAUCAGAAAAGGAAUCGAAAGCUUCAGAAUCGUUUCUGCUUGCCGCGUUUCUGAACUUGGCCAUGUGCUACCUGAAGCUGAGAGAGUACACCAAAGCUGUCGAGUGUUGCGAUAAGGCCCUCGGACUGGACAGUGCCAACGAGAAAGGCUUGUACAGGAGGGGUGAGGCCCAGCUACUCAUGAAUGAAUUUGAGUCAGCCAAGGGUGACUUUGAGAAAGUGCUGGAGGUGAACCCCCAGAACAAGGCCGCACGGCUGCAGAUCUCCACGUGCCAGCGCAAGGCGAAGGAGCACAACGAUCGGGACCGCAGGAUCUACGCCAAUAUGUUCAAGAAGUUCGCAGAGCAGGACGCCAAGGAAGAGGCCAACAGAGCAAUGGGCAAGAAGACUUCAGAAGGGGCCACCAGCGAAAGGGCAAGCGGAGGUCAAGCGAUGGAAGAAGAGAAACCCACAGGCCAUGUAUGACGCCACGCCAAGGAGGGCAAAGAGUCCUAAUGAACUCGGCCCCUCCUCCAUGGCGGUCACCCAACUCAGGACUAAACAGUGUUUAAUGUCAAGUUUGCUAUAGUCUAUGUGAUUCUGGGAGCACAUGGAAAACCAGUCGCUUUUCCACACCCUUCACCCCCCCCAACACACACACACACACACACACACACACAGCCACCCUGCGGCUGCCCCGUGGGUCCCUUGAGAGGGUGGUGUGGGACCACUCCCGGAGGAAGAGAACAACAGUGGCUGCUGGUGUGGAGAUGGAGGCAGCAGCCCACGUCCAGCCCAUCGCAGCUUAUCUCCGUUUUCCAUAGCUGAUGUAGGGUCCCUUAUGAUAAUCCUAACCAUUUAGGACCGUUUGGCUUUACAACAAAAUUUAAUCUUUAAAAAAAAGAGAGAGAGAGACUUGCUGAACUUUGUCUUUUCUACACACGGGGGCAGGGAGUGGGGUCUCGGUUUCUAAAAGACUGAGGUUCGAUGGAUGCCACCUGCCAUGCUGGUACCCUAAGGUACAGGGGGAUUUCCCUCAGCCCACAGCAGUGUCACAGACCUGAAAGCGGUCACUCGCUCGCUGGCAGCUCAGCCCCCUCUCACACCACCUCCCCUCACACACGAGGUUCGUUCCGCCCAUUCCAGGCCCCCCUUCAGUCAGCAUUAGGAGCAGUUCUGGAGUCCUGAGGUGGCGGGCCGUGCGUGAAGAGCCUCUAGAUCAUGCUUUUGCUCCCUCCUCCAUUUCUUUCGGGUCCUUCCUGCCAGCCCACUCCUGCCCCGGCUUCUCUUUCUCAGUUCUCAUCCUGGCUGGUAGGUGCCUCGGACUCCUUCUGUUCUGCCGUGGGUUGGCCUGGAGGGGACCGAGUCACAAUGGGACCUAGGCGGCGCCUUCUGUCUCUUCAGUCACUGGCUCCUAAGCAGAGGUUACCAAGUAGCUUUAAACUUUGAAAACAAAAUAUGUGGGGUCAAGAGGGCAGUAGCUGCUCUCCCAUGGAUUUUACCUGCGGCUUGUAGAGACACUGACGCUGGCUCUGCCCGUGCUGAUGGCGUCUCCAUCCUGGUGGGUUGAGGGAAGGUCAGCAGCAGCUUCUCAGGCUGGUGCAUCUUAGGAAGUUCCCAGUCCUCAGGCAUUGCUCCCAGGGAAGUUAGCAGCCCACGCCGCCUGUGGUAGAACUUCAGUCCUCACAGGUGAACCAAUCCCCACCCAGUCUGAGAGGCCCUCACUAGGGGUGCAUUUGGCCAAGGAAUUAUUUGCAUAAACUGGAACAGCUCACACCAUUCAGUCCUAAAGAACACUGGCACUUGUAUUUUAGAUUAGCAUUUAUUUUUAUGGCAGUUUUUAACAAAACACCCAUUGUUAGGUUAGGACCAAUCUUCACCCCAAAACUC